AUGAUCGACCCGGAUAUGGCUGACCACAGUUAUGUUACGCCAAUGAUGCCAGAGGUCAAUGAACAGGCGGUGGCUAAAGAACGUCUCGACGCAAUACUUCCCACCAUGGACGGCCAAACAACGUUGAAUCUUGUUUUGGCUUUAGCAAAAAAUGGGGUUUCAGAGAAAUAUGAUGUUGAAUUGAUUGGAGCAAAAUUGCAUGCGAUUAAAAAAGUUGAAGAUAGAGAUCUUUUCACGCAGGAUAUGGAGAAUAUAGGGCUCGAAACUCUACCUUCUGGUGUUGGGAGAAAAUAA